AUGGCAUCGACUGCGGAGUAUCGAACUAUAGCGUAUCUGUUUGGAGUGGGAAAAUCCACAGUAUCAGAAUCUAUCCAUGAUGUGAGUGAAGCCAUAAUAAAUGUCCUAAUGGAUGAGUAUUUGUAUUUUCCUAAGGAUGACGACCUGAAGGAGGUAAUAAAUGGAUUUCAAAAGAAAUGGAAUUUUCCUAACUUUGCUGGGGCGAUUGAUGGAUGCCACAUUCCCAUCAUUGGACCACAAGACUCCCAUGGUGAUUAUCUUAAUACAAAAGGGUGGUACUCGCUCAUCCUGCAGGGUGUGUGUGACCACAAAUACAUAUUCAGGGAUAUAAACAUUGGUUGGCCUGGGCGCGUACAUGACGCUAGAGUGUUAGCAAAUUCUGAGCUCUUCUUCAAGGGUGAGAAUUCCAUCCUAUUCCCACAUUGGCUGAAAACAGUGUCUCUUCCAGAAAAAGAUGUCACAAUACCAAUUGUCCUUAUCGGUGACCCGGCCUACCCUCUGAGGCACUGGAUUCUAAAACCGUACAGUAACCUGUCUUCUCUUUCUGACGAACAGAAGACCUUUAACUACAGGUUGAGUAGUGCCCGAAUGACCAUAGAAAAUUCGUUUGGACGUCUCAAGGGUCGAUGGCGGUGUCUCCAGAAGCGCCUGGAUGUAGAUGUUCAGUUUGCUUGCAGUGUCAUUGCGGCUUGUGUUGUGCUACACAACAUAUGCGAGACCCACAAUCAGCUCUAUGAUGAGAACUGGGACGAAAAGGAUCCACAGGAUGUUACUGGUGAGAUAGAAAAUGACAGAAACUUGGAUGCUGGGGAAAAAUCAGGAGUUCUGAUUCGAAAACAUAUUACUCAAGCCUUUGCUAAUGGUUUCUGA